AUGCAUUCUCUUCGGUCGGCGGUCACUAAAUUGGAUCUCCUCGACGUCCCUCCUCACCCUGAAGAAGAACGAAUCGCCCUUAUUGCCGGAAGAGUCGGUGGCAUUAGAGUGAGCCAUGACGAGCCUAAUGACCCUCCAUCGCACAGAGAUUACGACGGGGUUUCUCCAGUGGGCAAUGAGCUUGGUGGUGGUGAUGACGCGGCCAGAGAAUUUGACCGACGGGCGCGACAGCUGCUCGAUGAUUGUAUCUCGAGGGCCAAUUUGCCGAACACAGAUUUGACGGGAGGGGGCAACGUCAAAAUUGAGCUAGAUAAGCGUCCGAUGGCACCACCUUCAUCUUCUCCAAAGUGGCGACAGUCACAAACUCCGAGGAGAACGACGUCGUUAUUUUGA